UCUCGUUUGAGGAAACAGGAUGUCGGCUUGAAAAGCCACCUGGAUCAGCUAGACCAACGAAUAAGUGAGCUGAAAUUGGACGUCAGCAAGACCUCCAGUGAAUACUUGGAUAGUGACAGCCGACCCAGCUCAGGCUUCUAUGACCUGAGCGAUGGUGGUUCUUGCUCACUCUCCAAUUCCUGUACCUCUGUGUACAGUGAGUCCAUCUCCUCCUCCCACACCAGUCUCUUGCCCAGCUCUCAACACCCUAAAGCAAGGCUCAGCGUGUUUGAUUACCGACCCAAAUCUGCAGACGAAACUACUGUGCACACCACCAGCUUCCAACACCAGGGAACCUAUGUCAGCGAUGGAUGUCGGAUUACAGCUAGCGCAGACAUUGCUGGGACUCCUGCCAGGUCCCGACCAAGGCCAGUUUCCACAGGUGACUUGGAAAGACUCAUUCCAGCAGGUGCUAGAUUUCAGAAGGAGACAGAUCCCAAAUCCAUGUUGCCUCAGUGCCAGGCCAGAGACGUGCACUUGCUCAGCGUGGACCCCAAAUUCCAGAACGACUUGGUCUCCAAGAAUGGCAUUGAUGUGUAUCCUUACCCAAGCCCCCUUCAUGCGGUGGCUUUACAAAGUCCCCUUUUCUCCCUGGUGGGGACAUCCCCAGAGGCAGACUUUCAGGUUCCUCCCAGCAAACCCACAUCCAGUGAGACAGGUCCCAGCUUGAUUAGGACUAGGCCAACCACUGAGGCCAAGCCAGGGAGUUACAUCAGUAAAUUACUGCAGCUGACGAGAUGCAAAGGGAACAAUCGGGCUGAUGCCAGCGAGUGGGUUUCAACAAAGAGCCAGCCAGCCCCAAUGCACCAAAGACUCAUUAUAACUCCCAGUGCCGGUGGAGUGAAAAUUAACAGCAGCAGUAGCCAGCUGGAAAAACAAGCGAGUUCUCUGGAGAGUAACAAAGCUGAAAGGAAGCUGCGGAGAGAGGUGCCGGAGGGGGAAUGUGCCAAGCAGCAGGAGACCAUGCGCUGUGUGAAUGAAGAACAGCCAUCCGCUCGGCCUGACAUGGAGUCAUCAGCUGUGAAUAGUUGUUAUCCUGCCAAGUCAGCAGCAAGUGGCUCUCCUCUGGCAGAAGCAACGGAGAGCAGCGUGGAGUGCAGUUCAUCCUGCUCACAGUUGUGCCAGGAGGACUCCAGCACGGGCAGCUGGAACUCUAAAGCUGUCCCACCCAGAAAGCUGUCCCUCAAAAGGUGUGGUAAUGCCAAAUCGGCUAACGCUGGGGGUCAUGAGCGAGUGGUACAGAGUGAGUUCGUUCAUGCUCAGUUCGUACCUGCAGAAUCUCACCAAAUUCGGGUCAGGUUUGCCAGCUCCAAAACAAAGGCGGUGAAGGUAAAGAGAAGGAACAGUGAAAAGGUGCUGCGGCCUGGGAAGCAAACCUUUUGCAUGGAGAAGGUGAGAGGGGUCCAUGGAGCUGCCAGGCUGCCUGCUGAGUGGAAUCAGCCCCAGAGGCCACACGGAACAAAGAGCCUCAUGCGGAGACCUUCGUAUUCUGGUGAUGUGACAGGCAGGUCAUGCUCUGAGUCUAGCCUGUUCCCUGUGCAGUUCAGGCUCCCCACCGUGCCAUCCAGGUAUUCCCUUGAAGCAGCUUGCACGGGCAACAAGAAGAAGCAGCGCAAGUGGCAGUCCACAGUGGAGAUCUCUGCCAAGGCCCACCUGACCAGCCUGUCCAGUGGCUUUGGCCUGGGAGCACCGAGGCACCCGGCAAGGAGAACUGGCGUCCUGCGCACUGUCAGAAUGAGGGCUCGCUCCAAGAGUCAGCGCCACGAAGCUUAUGCCAGAAGUGAGUCAGACCACUCCGAGUACUCUGCGGAGUGUGCUUCCCUCUUUCACUCCACCAUCGCAGAGACCAGUGAAGGGGAGGUCAGCGAUUUCACGAUGAACCGUUUUGGGGACAGUGAGUCCAGUGAAAGCGAUUCGGAUGGCAGCAGUAACGGUAGCAGCCUUGCUCUUGACUAUGAUGAAGGGGAUGAAAGUGAGCUGAUCUGGCCUGAAGGUUCGGUCAGACAAUCGGGGACUGUCCUGGUCUCUUCCAAGCCUCUUCCCCCAGUGCCCAAAAUCUGUCGCAUCAAAGCUUCAAAGGCACUAAAGAAGAAGAUUAGGAGAUUCCAACCUGCCUCUCUGAAGGUUAUGACGAUGGUUUAAGGGAGAGCAAGCAUCUGUUUGUUACAGUGAGACGUCCUGCUGGUUCUCAUUUGUGAAACAAGAGAAGCCAUGUGCAGAGAAAAGGACUUGCUUAAACGAACUGUGAAUAACCCCUGCAUCGAGACAAGGGAUCUUCUUGUUUGUUAAUGCCUGGACAUAAACAUCACUGUAUCUAAUUUCCUCUUUUGUCAUUUAUUCUGUAAAUAUGGAUCUGUGUAUAUUAUGUGAUGCCUUUUUUUGCUAUACAG